AUGAUGAAGACCUCGCUUGGACUUUUGCUGCUCGCCAGCUCGGUGACAGCCCUCUACAACUGCGUGCCGGAGAACUCGACCUCCUACAAAUUCCCGAAGGGCUUCCUGUGGAGCACCGCCACCUCGGCCUACCAGAUCGAGGGCGGGGCCUGGGAGGAUGGAAAGGGUCUCUCCAUCUGGGACUCCUACACUCACACUGCAGGAAAGGUCUCCGACAACAACACCGGUGAUGUCGCCUGCGACAGCUACCACCUCUACGAGAGCGACUUUGCCAUCCUGAAGCAACUUGGCGUCAAGUCGUACCGCUUCUCGAUCUCGUGGCCUCGCAUCCUGCCCACCGGCCUCAAGGAGAGCAAGAACCAGAAGGGCAUCGACUACUACCACAAGAUCAUCGACGGACUUAUUCGCAAUGGCAUCAUCCCGGUUGUCACCAUGUACCACUGGGACAUGCCGCAACACCUGAUGGACCAAGGAGGCUGGCUGAACCCCCAGAUCAGCACCUGGUUUGCCGACUACGCGGAGAUCCUCUUCCAGGCCUAUGGACAUAAGGUCCCGUACUGGAUCACGAUCAACGAGGCCAAGUCGGAGACGCUGUACGCCUACUGCGGCACCAUCUCGAACCACGCGCCCGGUGGCUUCAAGGAGCACUGCAAGUGGGCCCCGUACCAGGCCGGCCACAACAUGAUCCUCGCCCACGCCAAGGCCUACAAGCGGUUCGAGUGGUGCAUCAAGUGCCGAUUGACUGGAGCCAAGGUCGGAAUCACCAACGUCAACGGCUGGACCGUCCCUGCUGCCGGCGUCGACCAGAGCGUCGCUGAUCGCAUCAACCAGAUGCAGAACUACUGGUUCAUCCACCCCUUCUUCACUGGAGAGUACCCGCCUCUUCUCCGCCAGCAGGUCGACAAGCUGUCCAAGCAAGAAAACCGCACCGUCAGCCGUCUGCCGCACUUCACCGAGGCCGAGCAGAAGUACAUCAAGGGAACCGUCGACUUCUUCGGCUUCAACUACUACAUCACUCUCGUCGCUGCCCCGAUCGCUAACUACUCCACCGCCACCAGCUGGUACAACUUUGACUGUAUGGCAUCUGGUACCUACUUGCCUGACGAGGUUGCUCCGCGUGUCCCCGGAGGAUGGGUGAGCACCUACGCCGAGGGCAUGUACGCUUCGCUGGUUGAUCUUUACACCCGCUACAAGAAGCCGAUCUUCAUCACCGAGAACGGAGCCAUGGAUGCGCAGCCAACCCCCGGCGUCUACCCCGAGGGCCUGAACGACGUCUUCCGCACUCGCUACAUCAAGGAGCACAUCACCGCUGUUGGCAAGGCCCUCAAGAACGGCGUCGACAUCAUGGGCUACACCGUGUGGUCGCUGAUGGACAACUUUGAGUGGACGGCCGGCCUCGGCACCAAGUUCGGCCUGUACCACGUCGACUUCACCUCGCCCGCCAAGACCCGUACUCCGAAGGCCUCCGCCAUCUGGUACAAGGACCUCGUCGCGCAGAACAAGAUCGACCUCUGC